AUGGGACACAACCAUCGACUAAAGAAAGUUCUACUAAUCCUCGCCCUCCUCACACUCGAUGUGAUGGUGGUGGCGGCCAAGAAGCACAAAGAAGAAUCUUCCGAGGAGAAAGAAGAGGAAGGUAAAAAAUACGAAGAGCAAGAAAGUCACGAAAAGAAGCAUAAAUCGGAUAAGGGCCACAAGGAACACUCCGACUGGGAUGAGGAUGAAAAGAAACAUCACGAAGAGGAGGAUCAUAAACAUCAUUACGAACACGAGGGUGGCAAGAAGAAGCAUGAUCAUGACGAAGAAGAAGAAUACGGAGAGGAACACAAACAUGGCAAACAUAAGGAGGCGGGUAAAAAACACGAGAAAAAGAAACACAAGAAAGGUCACAAAGAAUUGGAACACCAUAAGAAAUUCCACAAGGACGAAUAUAUAAAGGAUAAGAAAUUCUACGAUGACGAGGAUAAGGGUGGACAUCACAAAAAAUAUGGUAAGGAGCAUAAACAUCAUGAGGAGGAAGAGAAGGAGCAGAAGAAGGGUGAAGAGCAUGAGGAGGGUAAGAAGAAACAUCAUAAGGGCCAUAAGAAACACUACAAGAAGGGUCAUCAUGACGAGGAUCACAAGAAAUACAAGAAGGAGAAGAAACAUCACGAGGGCGGAGAGGAACACAAAAAAUGGGGCAGUGAGGAGAAGAAGAAGGAGCACAAGAAGAGUGGUUCCAAAAAGGAGAGUGAGAAGAAAAAGGAUUGA